AUGUCAAUGGAACCAUGGCGGAAACGAGGGUUUGUCCCGGACUCUGAUGAAGACGACGAAUUCGACUCUCUAGAUACGCGAAAUGCCUCUAUCGACGCUGCACAGGAUGCAGAGGAUGCCGACGAUGUUGUCGAUCUUGAAUAUAUCCCUUUACCUACGUCUACUUCGGCAUUCAGAGCCGGAAAUUCUGUGGAAGCGCCGACCGCCAUCAACAAUGACAACAGCUCGUUAACGCUUUCGAAUGUUGGAAAUACGAACGGCGUCCCUGAAGAAAGCAAGAGUGAGCAGGACACAAAUCUCACGGCUAAUGAUGACCAUUCAAGCAACCCGAAUACAGAAGCUUCACCGGCCGACAUUGAAGCAAAGGACCGCUCUGCAAGCCCCUCCCUAGGAGAUCAAACGCCAAAACCACGAAAAGCGCGCAAAACUUAUGGGAGAUGGACAUCUUCAACACGGACGCCGAGCUCCCUUGUCAGGGAACGCCAAUCUAGACUGAAUGCACAAAAUGAUAGGAUAUGGGAUAUUCCUAGUUCGCCGGUACAAGGAGCCAUGUCUGGAAGUAAAUCACGAAGCCAUGAGGCCACGCCAAAAUCUUCCACGCCUGUACAAUUAUCGCCUUCAAAGAUUGCACUACGUCCUCAUGCGAAGGAACCGAAAAAUGGGCUAGACUGGUCAGAUGCACUAUCUUCCCGGAGCUCUUCACCCGAUGAGUUAAAUGUGGUCACAGAGCCAUCUCCGAGACCACCACAGCGUAACGAGCAUUUCAAGUUUCAAGAACAACACUCGAAAGAUGAUUCAGAUGAUUCAGAUGAUUCAGAUGAUUCAGAUGAUUCUCCAUUAUCAUCUCCCCCGGCAUCCCUUCACUCUCCAUCCGGCGAGGAGCCAGAUGUGGAGGACAGAGUUCCAACAAUACCACCGCCGGGGGUUAGAGACCACGGCUUGGCAGAUAUUGAUGUCCCGCCAGAAUUAUUACAAGAUUUGUCUCAGCCAGCACGUAGGUCUUUCCGGGAGCGAAAUGCAAUACAGCUGCAUCCAUACGCCCUCGAGCUUGCCAAAUAUCAACGGCAAAUGAGAGAACGAGGUAUGAGACCAAUUCGACCACCCGCAGUGUCCUCAAAACCACAAGCCCAAGAAGCCACAGAUGAAAGCCAGGAGCAUGAUAUGUUCAACCCCGAUUCCCUUCAGUCCAGUCCGCCGCCUGAAGAAUUUCUCCGACCAGAACGACAAAAAAGAACGAGAUUCUUCCGGUCAAGCGAUUCGGCAUCGCAUCGCUCAAAGACUCAAGCUAGACCGCAAGUGGUGAUUCCAAAUCGCACACCCACAGGCGGCGUCGAUCUUUCUUUCUUCGAUGUUCCAUCCAGUCCGCCAGACUCGCCAGCAUCUAGGACUCCUCGUGCAAUGGAAGGUUUUCGCUUUCCUACUGGAUUCAAACUAUCGCCGCCUUUGCCUGAUGCUGUCGAUUCUUAUUCAGCUUCACCGGUGCUUCAGAAACCUACUGCAGAAGGCGAGUCGGGCCUGCUCAUCGAUUCCGACGACUCGAAGGCGUCCGAUGACUCCCAGAGCUCUGUGGAAGCCGAGGAAAAUAACGAAGAUUAUGUAAACCGUCUGAUACAGCGACGUAUUCGGGGUGUUCUUCCCGCGUCAUGGGUCCGUAUAGAUGCGGAACAGAGGUUCAAGCAACAGAAAGGUGCACAGAAAAAUCGACUUGCCGCUCAACGGCCAGAUGGCAAAGGGGUUGCCCAGAAAAUCGUUCGAAAAGCGAAAUCAGGGCAGUCACGAGUGCAGCAAGGUCUGAUCGACCUUGCAGACUCUGAAAGCGACGAAGGGAAUCGACCCCCAAUUAGCCUUAAUGUCAAUCAAGACGCCGACUUGCGAGCAGACAUGUCCAUGGAAUUUGAUCGAGAGGGGGAUGCUCUUGAGGACAAUCGGAUUGACUAUAUGCUUCCGACCAUUCCUCGCCGGCCCCGUGAAAAGCGAACGAGCUUGAAACGAGUGCAUUCAAAAGAAGACCCCCGUCAAAUAGAGAGACGUUUGAAGAAAGCUCGUUUAAAAAGACAAACCAGGCUCACCGAUGCCUCAUAUGGAGGACAUCGAACAGCAAUGAAGCGCACAGCUUCAUUGCCCAGAUUGGGGAUUUUGGAUGCUCCCGAUGUGGCAUCUAAACCUCGCACAGAGCAACCCCAAUUCCUCAGAAUCGCUGCUAGGAAAGCUCGUUCGCGCCAAGAUGGUGGGAGACAAAGUCCAACACGGAAGUUCUUUCAGCUAGGAUCGAGGGUUGAGACCGCAGAAGCGAAUGAAUCCCUGCGAGAUUGGAGAAGGGGAGCAAUCAAACAGACCAAAAUCGCUCUUCCUCACACCAAGGGUCGUAAAAUCCAGUCAGUCGGGAAACCAUCUACGGAUAGUCGCGGAGUUGGGCUAACUGCUCGAAAUUCUCGAAUUUCGAAUCACUUUACUGUGGCAGAAGCAAUUGAAGUUCCCGACGAUGAUCUACUUCUACCAGAUCACCCCUCUCCUGAUAAUCUUGCUGCGCCCGUCACUCCGACGGAAAGAAGUUCAGUCGCAAAAAAUCCCGCACAGGCUGAACGACAAGGCCAUCAAUGGAUCGUUCGCCGAAACAUUGGCAUAUCAUCUUUGAAGCGCAGCGGUGCUCGUCCUGCUGCGACCAGUCUGGCGGGCCCUAGUCAAAGUCAAGUUGACAACCGAGCUGUAUUUGGUCGCUCUCUGACCCUGCUCAAUCGCGAAUUCUCCACUAAACAGACAUCCCGGAGCUCAAAGCCCAGUCUGACUCUCGAUCGGUACAUUUCGGACCCAGUAUCUGGGGUAUCUCCAGCCGCUACUGCCUCGUUUAUUGGUGCUUCCGCAAACGCGACCAACAUAGCUCCAAGUACGCAAGUUCGUCAAGGCCGGGGUCGCUUAAAGAAACGCCCACCCAAGCAGCUCAACCUUGAUGCAUAUGAAUUUGUUCAAGAUCCGGAGGCUAUUGCAACAGUCUCCGAUGACAUGGAUACAUUCCCCUCAAAUAAUGCAUCGCCUAUGCGGCCUUCGCCUUUUUGUGUUGGCGGCCUAUUCAAUUGGCAACGCUCUUAUUCAGUCGAUUUCGGGGUAUUGCCAUUGCGUGAUGGGACAUUCUUCCAUGAAAGUACAUUCAUAGGGAGUGGCGAGUUUUCCCGCUCACUUAAUGUUGCAAAACGCAACAUGGACCGUGAAUCUGGCUUUUCUUCAAUUCCAAUCAGAGACCGGACCUUGCAAUGCGGUAUCUGGAAUGAGAAAGUCUCUUCAGAUUUGGAACAUGUUUUCGACAUGAUGGUCGAAGAUGUCGAGAAAAGUGCUACUGCUGCUCCGGGUACAAAAGCUGACCUGAGUGCUGCAUCACUGGCAUAUCGAUCUUUGAUCAAGUAUGUGACAGAGAACUUGUCCUUCAUCGAUCCCGUCGACCGAACAGGAUUUGCCAUUCGCGCAAUUGGGCUGCUUUUCAGACUCAAGGACCCAAUGGCCGCUUUCAUUACCAGCAGUGACUACAACAAGACUGGAUUGGUCCGAUUUGCAUACUACAAUCUUGUGUUUGCAAAUCAGAUCCGUCAAAUCACAUCCCACAGCCUUGUCAACUCUUCUCUCGCCGAUGAUUCUCGACAUCUGGUGGAGACAUUUGCGAAAGACACGCUAUCAUUAGUCUUUGGCGAAACUGGGGUGACUGAAUUGCAAAAAUUGUUUGAAGAAACAAAGAAAUCAGAGCAAUAUGGAAAGGCGAUACAUGAAGAAUUUCCGUCGGCAGAAGCUUACGUUAUUGUUCAGCAGCUCCUGCACAGCUCGGCUGGGCUCACUAGCCUGCUCAAAGACGUCGAACUCGAGGUUUGCACCAAGGACAUUGUUUGUAACCACAAGGACAUUUUGAUCUUGGAGACGGCAUGGCGCAGCUUGUUCACUCCAAUGUCUCUUCAUGAGAUCGACCACCAUGGUAUUGCGCGACGUGAAACCCGAUUCAAAACGAGCCAUGACAAUUGGACUUUGGUUAAACGGCUUCUGUCCCCGGCGCUAGACAAUUAUGAUACUAACUCUGCUACGCAACCAAUCUCAUAUAAUGCCUACUGUCGAACUCUCUUCCAACGUUGCCAUCGUCUGAUCAAUAUGUGGGGCUGGAGGGAAUGCAGGCCCGCUCUCGAAAUGUUAUAUGACUUCUUCGCGCAGAAGACGUUUUACAACUUGAAGCUCGAGGAAAGCAACAGCUCCCCUACCUUUCUUGAUGAGCUCGAUCAGAAACCUUCUUUGGAUGUCCGACCCAGCGAGCCCUGCUUCCACACACUGCUCAAAAUCAUCGCAAGCGGCCUUCGCUUCAUGUCUGAGCGGUACGACAACAAAAGAAUUCGGAACAUCGCCUGGCGAUUCCUGCCCAAUCACGGUCGAGUCUAUCCAAAAGACAUGCCUAUAUACCACGAAGAUCUAGAUGCUUUGCGCAACCACCACGAUCUCCUCUGCACUCUGUACUGGGCUGUUCCUAAUGGAUGUCGUCCGAGAUUGGAGAGCAUUCGCAACCUAGUUCAUCCCGCCGAUUCUCACAUUGAGACGUGCAGCAUCAAUCUCCGUGCUUGGGCAAGGCUUGUUCGGUUCAAGCUUUCAACUAACGAAAAUAUCACGGGGCUAGACCCAUUCGCCGACUGGCACAGCUACUUCUUGACCGAGCUUCGGCAACAGCAUGCACUUGCCCGCCAGGAAACCGAGGCAGAAAACAAGGGCGGCGUUUCGAAACAGCUUAUUGAAAGCACAAUUACCCAGAAUCAGCGGCGAAUUGAAAGCCUGUUGGGCAUGGCUCUUGGUGGGAUGCAGACUGCUAUGGAGCUGGCGCCAACCAUGGACCAUGCGUACAGGUUGAUCUCGAAGACUCCUUUUGAUUCCAUCAUGGGGUUGUUCAACCCAAAACUCGCUCGAGUAAAUGUUGUCGUGACGCAGGCUUUGCAGGUGAUUGUGGCGUAUGCUCAGAAAGAUAAUCUUGCGUUACCUCCGACUCCUGCUGCUGCAUCUGCGGUCCUGCCAACCGCGGAAGAAGACAGCCAGGAAUUUGGCUUCGGUGAUUCCGAUUGGGCUGAUAUUGAUGCUGAGCUGGUCCAGCAGAAUUCUCCGCCGCGUGAAAGUAUCGAGCAUGUGCAGAGAGUCCUUCACCCAGUUGUUUCUCGCCUGGUUUCCAACUGCUUUGGCGCCGAUCAUUGCCCGGAAGAUGCCAUUCUCAAGAGCUCCCUAGAUUGCUGGACGUCUAUUGCCCAGGUUCUAGUGCGCCAUGGACUCAAGGAUUGGGACAACUACCUCAGUCAAUUCGGAGAUGAGUCCUGGGCGAGACUUCGAGACACGCUGCAGACGAGAAAAUUUGCGCCGCAUUUUGUGGCACUUUGUAUUGAGAAAGAUGGACAAGUUUUAUCCGAUUGUCGAAUCAUGGUCAUGAGCAUGUGGAUGUCGUCGUUGGUUGAACGAUCCUCAAUGCUCAAAUUCCAGCACCAUCUCACCGCUGCGAUUCUUAAUGGAAGCCCCCAAGAUCCAUUGCUCCAAAAUCUUCCGUUCACAAAGGACAAGAAGACGGAGCGGUACGCAAUCAAUAUGGAAGAAGUGAGCCAGCGACGACUGUCUCUCAUUUCCAGCGUGUUGUCAAACAUGCGCGAACACAUCCUCGGACUAGAAGUGUCCAUGAGUCGCGAUUUGAACGUCACAAAGCGCGACUAUUCUGAAAUACUUCAGCGAAUGAUGGCAGCCAUGAAAGACAAUUACCGCGAGCUUGGCAAUGGAACCGCUGAGUCUGCUCAGGGUGCUUAUGUCGAAUUCGUGCAUCGAAUUAUCACAUUUCUCCAAGAACUCACGAGCGAUAUACGGCCUGUCGACCCCUUCUUCACAGACCCAGCGCUAUUCCCACUGCCAUCCACCGAUCCGAGGUACAUUGUUGCGAAGUUAAAACGUUACGAACCGAAGCUUUAUCUGAAUAAGGAACUGGUAACCCUGAGUGGGUUCAUCCAAGGCAUUACCGAGAGGGCACUUGUGGAAGGUCAACAGAAUCAUCUUGCUGGCCAGCUACACACCGCUAUGAAAGAUACUUUCGAAGCUGGACGACCCGACAAGCCAACCCUUCGAGCCGUUCUGCUGCAAUGCGUGUUCCCUGCAUACCUCGAACUAGCAUUCAGUAGCCCUGCCGCGUGGCUCCUUGCCCGUCCUGUCAUUUUAAGCAUCUCACUCGUCUUCAAAGACUUGCUAUUCAAGAUUGACAUCUCAGAUCCAGACUGCGUCUCUUCCCUGUUGAAGAUCUUUGAAACGGUUCUCCAGUCAUCCUAUCGAGCACUUCAGCAACUUUCCAACCGCCCAACCAAGUUCAAGGACCCCGUCGUUCUAGCCAUCAUUGCCGCUUUCUUCGAGAUGAUAUCCGCCUCUCUACCUUUGAUCGAUUACAUCGAGCGUGUCACGGACUUGGCCGAUGAACUUGUUUCCUACAUACAAUGGUUCCGAGACUUGACCAUGGCUGUGACCUCAUACUUGGAUCUAUCAAGUCCAGGACUUGAUAGACUCUCACUACCCGAGCCACUUCCAGUUACCGUAACGAUCGACUUGCCUCAGCAGCGGGCCACGGCUCGUCGCAUGGCCUUUGAAGAUCACCAGUCAUACCUUCGAAACUGGUCAUUCCACAAUGGAAAAUACUACUACACUCGGCCUGGUCACGAUUCUAAGGAAAUCACUCUUGAGGCCGAGAUUGCCGCAGUGGUUGAAAAUGAGGCUGUUGCGAAGAAGGCCUUUGAGGGUGCUACAGCAGAUUUCAUAUAUGCUGUGGAGCGAUUGGGACUGCUACCACCUGUCGAGUUGCCAAAUCAUGAGUCUCAUGGACGGAUGGAUGAGUCUACUCUGUCUUCUUUACACGAUUGUCUUCAAUCGCUGCACUUGCAGUAG